ACCUUCUCCUCACCUGGCCCUCCGAUUCCAGACCAAAAUUGAAAAAAUGGUUGACCUCACUGAGCUAAUGGAAAAUGAAGUAUUCAUGGCCUAUGCUUCCUAUACAACGAUUAUUCUUUCAAAAAUGAUGUUUAUGAGUACUGCAACUGCAUUCUAUAGAUUGACAAGAAAGGUUUUUGCCAACCCAGAAGACUGUGCUGGCUUUGGCAAGGGAGAAAAUGCCAAGAAGUAUCUUCGGACAGAUGACAGAGUGGAACGUGUACGGAGCCCCUGGCAACCACCUUUCUACUGUUUCUUCUUUCGCUUGAAGUCUGUUUUGUCUAAUCUAUUUCUAUCAGUAUAUCCCAAUGGCAGGGACUGAAUGGGGCUACAAAUGAAGUGACAGGUAUGCUUUCAGGUAUGCAAUAUUGAGAAAAUUAAUACAUACACAUAGGGGGCAAAUAAGUAAAAAUAUAAAGUAAUAUAUGUGGAAAUAUCAAGAUAAGUGGCUUAAAGUAAGUGACUUGCAUUCUGGACAGACAAAAAUCAGAGAUUAGAAAACAUUUUAUGUAUGUAUUUAUUUAAUCCCAUCUCACCGUGUUCUAGAAAGAAUAUGAGACCAUAUAUCCAUUCAGUACAACAAGAUGAAAAGAAAGUUGCAAAGUAAUCAGGGCAGCUGGAGAAAUAAAGAGAACCAUUCAAAAGGAAAAGAAGGCAGGCUUGGGUUUGGUAUAUAAGGGAAAGGAGAGACAUUUAGAAUAUACUACCUUCAAAGGCAAAUAAUACCUUUUCACUGAGUGUUUAAUGGAAUAUAGGUGACACUCACUGGGGAUUCUGUCAAGGGACUGAGCCUUGGGCUGGGAGUUGAACUAGAUGGCUUCCCUUCUGGCCCCAGUGCCUGAAUAAAGCAUUCACUGAGAAAUCAUUGUGUGGACAUUACUGUCAUUUCUUGUAUUAGGGUACUAUAAAAGAACUUCCCUGCCCUUGAGGGGUUUAUAACUUUUCCCUUGAAAAUAAGACCAACACACAUGUAGUAAUUAGAGAAUGAUAUAAGGCAGCCUCUUAUUAGAUGUUAAGUUGUGGGGGACAAGGUAUAAGUUCUUAAAAUAUUUAGGAAUAUUGCAUGAAGGAAGAGCUUGAAGGAUAUUAGGAUUUGAGAAGAGGAAGAGGAGAGAGAUCAUGGCAAUUUGGAACAAUUUCUUUGUGGGAAUUUGGGCACACUGCUCCAUGUUGAGCGUGAAGAGCUUUGGCUGAGAUAAGGGGGUCUGGAGGAGUCUGGUAUGAGGUUCCUUUUGUACUUGGCCACCCCCAGACAAUUCUCAAAGAUGUGUAGCAUCACUGAUCCAGGUCAGGUGGAUGACGCUGAAAUCCAGGUGGUUCUGAUCUGAGGCAGGGAGGUGUGACUGGAGCAUCAUGAGCACAGAGAAGGGUUGGUGGGAAGGUCAACCACGGAACAAGCCUAUACCAAGGGGCAUCUGUCUAAAAGAGAAAGGAAAAUGGGAGCAGGAAUCAUCACGGGGGGAAGGGGAUAGACCCAGAUAGAAAGUGGUUGUGAAAACUGAAAUUAGCACCUGCUAAUAGAUUUUGAAAGCAGUCUAGAAAGGACUGAAAGAUGAAAGAAGCUGUGCCAUCAUAAGAUGAACUCUGUCGUUUGAGCAGAGAAAGGGUUCCAGUGGACAGGUGAUACUGAACUACAGCAGGUGCUCACUGGGAGAGCUGGGACACCGAACGCCCUGGCCAGGGUCUAAAAAGAUGGCGUGAAUUAGCACUGAAUAUGUCAUGAAUUAGCAUUGAAGAUGAGGGUCUGUUGAAAACAGGCCUUCCUAGGACGAGGAGCAGUGUUAUCUGUAAGAUCAUUUGGAGGACUGAGGACAGGGAAAGAGAGUUGAAGAGGAGAGAUAAGAUAGAGGGAAGCCAGAAAAAAAAUGAGGGGCUAGUAAGGUCAAAAGAAGCCCUCCUCCGACCUUCCUUCCCUCAACCCCCAGUGAACCACAUUACUUCUUACUGUCCUUGACUACCUUCUCUGUUUUAAAACUGCAUUCUAUUUGCCAUUUGCUUAAGUAGACUUAGAAGUAGACAUUGUUUUCCAUGGGGUCUCCCUUUUAAAACUUCUUCCCCAACUUUAAAAUGUCUGUCCUUUUAGAAAGUUGUGAGGGAGAAAACUAACAUGGCCAAGAUUGGAAGUGAAGCUGUAUCUGUAGUCCGGCAGGAGAAUUCAAAGGACAAAAACAAAUAGCCUUGCUGUAAUUGGUGAACUGGACCCUUCCUUAGUAAGAAAUAGUAUUCCUGUCCCUUCUUGCCCACCUUGCUCUCAGUAGCCUGUUCCAUGAUGGAGUGGGAAUGGGAACACUCAUAUCUUUCUGUCUUUUGCUUUUACUUAGAAACAGGUCAUUCUUUAUAUAAAUCUUUCAAAACCAUUACUUAUCUAGGUGACUGUCACCUUCUCCAAACCUUUAUGUUGUCACCAUCUUUGUCAGGAACCUAUGGAAACCAGGAGAAAGGAAAGGAGGGGGAGACAGUGGUGAUUAUUGAGCAGGCAAUAUGUAAUCAUUUUUUUGGUAGAAGAAAAGAAAGUGACAUAAAACUAUUUUUUUUUGUUUUAAAAUACCUAUCAAUAGCUGAUAAGCUCUCUCAAAAAUCUUAAUUUCUAGUCUAGAUUCUAAAGCAGUUUUAAAUCUGGCUACUUAAACAGGGACAUUAGAUUUUAAAAUUAAGCACUUCAAAAAAAAUCAAGUCAAUAAUAAAUGGGCCUUCUGUUCACAACCCUAGCCAGAGAAACCCAAGGUGCCAUGAACUGGAGGAAAUCAUCUAGCUAUGGUAUAAAGAUAAAAUUUAGGAAACAUAUCUUUCUAUGGUCAAUAAUUUUUGUGUAUUCUUUGUACUUUGCUCCCUCAGUUAGCUAAUUCUUUUUGUAAUUUGAGGAUAGAUUGGCUAAAAUUUUACCCAUAUUUGAAAGGCUACUUAUGUAUUCUGUUAUUUGAAGUUGAGAGCAUAAGAUUCUUGGUAUUGAAUUGGUAAAUUAAUUGUUGGCAACCUAGUAGUUGGGGUGAAUGGGCAAGGAUUGUCUGAGUAACCAUUCUGUAGACUGGCAGAAGUGAGGGAGUAGUCUUAUGAAAGAUUAUAACCAAAAGUUCUUUCUUUUGGAAAGAAGAGUUUUAAGAAGAGCCUUGAACUGCUAUUGUAUGAACCUCAGAAGAAAAAAUAUUUCAUAUCUACAAAACUGAAAUGAGUUUUAUGACACAGAUGCAAUUUUGAUGUUCUUGAAAGUGAAAAGUGUCUUCUCUGUUAUAUGUUGAGAUAUGCUAAAGAUAGAACCAAAAAUAAUAAGACAUUUUAAAUAAAAGCCAAAUGGUUAAAGAAACAAGGCAAUUUGAAAAAGAAAAUAAAUCUGCAUUUUUAAGAUCCACUAACAUUAUAUUUAGUUUUAGAAGAAAGGGAAAAAUGAAUGGAUUUCUACGGAUUUUGAAAUCAGUGUUUUUCUAAUCAUCUUUUCCUACAGAGCUCACCUGAAUGACCUUGAAAAUAUUGUGCCAUUUCUUGGUAUUGGCCUUCUGUAUUCCUUGAGUGGUCCAGAUCUCUCUACGGCCCUCCUGCACUU